AUGGCAGAGCUGCUCACUUGGACAGAAAUUGAGACUUCCAACUCCUUUACCCCAAAAUUGGUACAACUCCGACUCCAUAGCCCUGGAUUUCAUCCAGAAAGUAAGAAGAGACUGCCUCAGUGGAGCAACUGUCCACCUGCUUUAAGGUAUGGGAAAGUGGAUAAAUCUGUUGCAGGCAAAACUUUCGAUGCUGGGCGGUUUGAAAAUAGAAGAGGUACUCAGUUAGCACCAGUGCGGUUGAGUAACCUAAAGACGCCUGCACCUCAGAAAACUGGCUCUGGGACGUCUUUUAUGCCCAAAGGUACUUCAAUCUACAAAAACAUUCGCCGUGUAAAAGAAGAACCAGAAUAUGAAGAAGGAAAUUUCAGUGAUGAAAGAAAGAGAAGUGUUUCAUCAUAUGAUGACUUAAAUGAAAGUUUAAAUUCUGAAGAUGGCUCAAAAUAUUCAUAUGAGGAGACAGAUGAUGAGGAAAAAGACUCUCAUAAAUUGGAUCACUAUGAUUACAUGAAUGCUUCCCCCUUGUCUCCUAUGCACUCUGCUGAUGAAUCACCUGAUGCUUUGGAAAUUAAUUCUCUUAUUCAGAUGAAUGCUAAACUUUCUCCUAAUCUUGAUGUUCCUAAAACGUUUCUGCCGCAGCAAACUUCUAACAACUCUCCAUCUUUAAGUUUAAGAAAAGUGGUCCAACCAGCUGCACUAAAACCUUUAUUGCAAGUUAAGAAGAAACCUAAAACUUCCAAAGGAAUGGUAAGGAAUGUACUUGGAAAGACUUCUGAUAAUUUUAAUCAAAAUGAGAGGUACACAGAAAGUAAAAUGGCGACUUCGAAUGAAGAGCAGAAAAAGGCUUCAGGUAUGAACCAUAAAGAGUGGAAAUCUAUGCAGGAUGAAUUAGAAAAAGCAGAACAAGAAAAAUAUCAAAAAUUAAUUGAAGCAAGUUCAAAAAAAUUAGAAGAGGAGGAACUUCGUCUAAGAAAAGAAAAUGAUGCUGCUUUAGAAAGUCUAAAAAGUGAACUAAGAAAGAGGAUUGAAGAAGAACAGUGUAGUGGUGAAAAAGAACUGGAAGCUAUCAAAAUAAAAUAUCAAGGAGAAAAAGCUGAAGAGGAAAAAAAAAUCAAGGCGGAAUUAGAAAAUUUAUCAAAAUCUUUAAAGCUUGAACUGGAUGCGUUAAAUGAAGCAAAUAUUAAGACAAAAGAAGCGACAAAGAAACAACUGGAGGAAGGGAUGCAUAAGGAAAUUGAAGAUUUGGAGAAAGAUCAUUGUGCUAAGAUCAAAUAUGUUAAGGAAACUCAAGACGCUGAACUUUCUUCUAUAGAGAAAACACAUAAAGAACACAUGGAUCAAAUUAGAGAGACUUAUGCAAAUAAAGAAAAUGAAGCAAGGAAAAAAGUGGAGAUCAUGGAUGCUGCUGAAAAUGUUGAUGCACAAGCCGAGUUGGAUAGAUUGAAAGACCUUAUUAAAGAUAAAGAGAAUGAGCAUCAGGCAUUGCUCAAAGAGUUGGAGAGUGUGCGAAAUAAUAUAAGUAGUGAAAAAGAUAGUUUGAAGAAUGUUCAGGAUCAGAUUGCCAAUGCCCAAAACAGCUACAGUGAAAUUCAAGAUGACAUUGAUAAAACAGAAACGGAUUUAGAUCUUUUGAGAACAGAAAAAUCUGCUUUGAUAUCAGAACUAAGUGUACUAAAAGAUAAUAUUAAUAAUGAGAAAAAUAAGUUAUUAGAUCUAAAGAAUGCAGAAAUGUCAGAGAAAGGUGAAGAGGCUAGUAUUGAUCACUGUGAUAAAGGAACAAAUACCAUUUCAGUCAGUUUUAAUACAUUAUCUAGUCAAACAUUUGUGGAUGUAAGGGAUUCUUCUUGUCAAGUUCAAAAGGCAGCUGAUGAUGUGGCAUGUCAGACGAUAGAAUUAAUGCAAACUAUGCUCAACAAAACUUGUCAAGUAGAACUAGUGCCUUCCAAAUCUAUAAAUCCACAAGAAAAUGCUUUAGGUGCUGUUAAUUUAAGUUAUUCUGACACUUUUGUCAAUAAAGGGUUUGAAAACAUAUUAAAUGAUUUUGGAGCUAGGAUGGAUACAAGGAUGAAAACUAUUGAAGAACAGAUCAAAAAUCUACAAGAAAAUUUUGUUUCUGCUAGAAUCAAGCCUUCAGAUGCAAAUUAUGUUACUCAAGCAGACUCAUCGCCUACAGAAGUGAAAGCAUUUUCCAUUACACAUGAUGCAAAUCUGCCAACAAAUGCUGCUCACUUUAAUGCCACCAAUCAAAACACUUCAUUUUCUAGUCAUAUUAAGUGCAAAUGUGAAACUGGUAAUUUUUCAUCUUGUGAUGUAUUUCAAGAUGUUAAGAAGUCAUUUUAUCAUUUGAGUGAUAUUUUAAAUCAAAGUUUUGUACCUUCAAUCACCUCAAAUCAAAUGAUGUAUGGUGUUGACCGUCCUAUUUCCAGUCAUUCUAGUCCAUUUGAAAACUUUUACAUUCAAUUUAGACAACUCCAAGAAAAGAAUCGAAUUACUGAGCUUAAACACAGGUGUGAAAAUGAAGCUGCUAAGCUGGUCAAACAUUCUUCACAAAAUAUUGCAGGAAGUCAACAACUAGCAGAUUUAGCUGGGAAAGAAUUUAGUUCACCAUAUCAGUCUCCACAGCCACAUUUAUCACAUGAUUUUAUGGAGGAUCCAAUGGUUAGAGCUCGAAGCAUUGUUUUAAGAGAGCAAGCUAGAACAUGGAAGCAACAGCAAAAACUUAUCAAUUCAUCUUUUGCAAUUUUACCCUCAGAACAAGGAAAGCAGUCUGAUAAAUUUCUCAAUAAUAUACACUUGUCUAAUUCCCAUCAGAUAAAACCAUUCCAGAGUUCAUUCUUGAAUUUUGAGCUUGAUCCUGAAACUGACUACAACAGAUGGAUGACAAGAUUGAAUGCUUUACAACAAAAAAUACGCAGUCACAAAAUGUUAUAACCUUUUGUUUGUUUUAUUUAUUUGAUUGCAAUUUGUUGCCGAGUUGUUUAAGAAAUAUUUAUUAAUAAUUGAUUUAAUGAUAUGAAAUCAACUUAUGAAUGUAUGGAUCUUCAGAUAAGAUUUUAUUAAUGUUUAUAGACACUCAUUUAUGUUUAAAAGCAAACAUUAUUCAGUAUUAUUUACAUAUUUAUAAGAUGACUGUUUUAAUAUUACAAACUAAAUGUUCUAAUAAAUGAUAAUCAUAGUCUUAAAUUCAA